AUGUCAGACCCUCGGCAUGCUAUUUCCAAAACUGGUGGCCAUGCCAUACCCAUUGACGCUCCCACGAGCAAAGAAAUCGAGAUCGAACAGACAACCAUCGUUUCUAUACCACCAAUAACCCUCACAGAUGGGGGUUUCCGGGCAUGGCUCCAGGUCAUUGGGUGUUUCCUUGUCUUCUUCAAUGUCUGGGGGUUCACCUUUGCAUUCGGCCUCUUUCAAAACUAUUACGAGACGGGCUUCUUGAAAAGCAGCUCUCCAUCCGACAUAUCCUGGAUUGGAACUCUUGCAUCCUACCUGUUGAUCGUCAUGGGCGUCAUUUCUGGGCCAUUGUUUGACCUCGGUCAUUAUCGCAUUAUGCUCUUUGGUGGUGCGACGAUGUCAUGCUUUGGAAUUUUCAUGUUAAGUUUGUCGAGCCAAUAUUACCAGAUCAUAUUAACCCAGGGUAUCUGCACCGGCUUGGGCUGUGGCGUGCUUUUUAUCCCAGGGAUGGCACUUGUCAGCCGUUCAUUCAAAGCGCGAAGGGCAAUUGCACUGGGCCUCGUUAGUUGCGGCGCACCAUUUGGUGGUAUCAUUUAUACCAUUGUUUUCCAGCAGCUGAUCGACCCCUUGGGUUUUGCUUGGACUGUCAGGGUCAUGGGUUUCAUCAUGCUUGCCUCGUUUCUCCUUGCAUUCCCCCUGUUGCUUUGGGGCGCCACCAAUAUCGGCGACAUCAGCUCGGGCACUGCGCGAAAGCUCUUCGACAGAGCAGCUCUUAAGGAUCUCGGAUUCUGGUGUUAUACCUGGACCAACUUCUUCUUGUUUACCGGCUACCUCGUUCCUUUUUUCUACAUACCUAGUUACGCACAGCUUGCACUGGGCACAUCGCGAGCUCUAGCGCUUUAUUCGGUCGUAAUUGCGCAGGGAUCUUCGGUGGUGGGCCGAAUGAUAGCCUCGACCGUUGCACUGCACAUAGGUGUGAUGAUCCCCUGGUUGACAUGUGGCUUCGUCUCCGCCAUUCUUUGCCUGGCCUGGAUAGGCAUUAACAGCAUAGCUUCCUUCUGCGCUUUUGCCGCCCUUUAUGGCUUCUUCAGCGGCGCUCUCAUUCCACUUCCGCCCAGCAUAUUCCCCGUUGUCUGUCCUGACCCGAAGGUACUGGGGGCCCGGCUUGGUAUGGCUCAAGCGAUCGGCGCUACCGCUUCUCUCAUCGGUAGUCCGAUCGCCGGUGCCCUGGUUGGUGACGAUGGGCGGCAUUAUGUCGGACUGCAACUCUUCAGCGGCCUUGUCAUGAUGGUCGGAACUGUGUUACAACUAUGCCUUUGGUUCACCUUGGUAAAGAAGAGAGAUUGCAAAAUCUUAGUCUAG